CUCGCUUUUGCUUAAUAAUAUUUGCCUUUUUCUAUGACCCACUCUGACCCACUCUGACAUUCCACAGGCAUCUUCCUCGCGUGUAAUCUUUGCGCCCUCUUUCCUCACCGUUGACUUAUUUUCUUUACGUCUACAACAAUUUUUAUCAACCACCACUUCCGAAUAGCACGUCGCCAGCACCAUCGCCAUCGACAUUGACGUCUUGUAAAACUGCCAUAAUGGCGACCGGCGCGUCCCGCCCCCGUCCCCGCCGGGACUUCGAUAUAACCGCUUUCGGUUUUGGUGGACGACCUGCACAGAACGGCGAGUCCGAGGAUAAAGAGUACAAGGAGAAUCUCAACAAGCGGUUGCAAUGCCCUGAUUGCAAAGAGGACCCUCCCAACCUCGUUGAAGAGUUCUCAUCCGGCGACAUGGUCUGCGGUUCGUGCGGUUUAGUUCUUGGCGACCGCAUCAUUGACACGCGAAGUGAGUGGCGUACUUUCGCCAAUGACGACCAGGGUAACGAUGACCCGUCUCGUGUUGGUGACGCCCUCAACCCUCUUUUGAACGGCUCCCAGCUCGAGACCGGUAUCGCUUUUGGCGAGGGAAUGCGCGCGCGAGAGUUGCAUCGCGCUCAGAACCGAGCUGUCAGUGACAAGGCGACCAAGACCCUCUUGGCUGCCUAUCGCGAGAUUAGCAACCUUUGCGAAGCUAUUAGUAUUCCAAAGACGACUCAAGAUUCGGCUAAGCACAUCUUCAAGCUGACCGAAGACAACAAGCUGUUCAAGGGCAAGCCCCAGGAAGCUGUCAUCGCUGGUUGCAUCUUCGUCGCGUGCCGUCAGUCCAAGGCUCCCCGAACCUUUCGGGAAAUUUAUUCCUUGACUAAGGUGUCCAAGAAGGAGAUCGGCCGCACUUUCAAGGCGCUUGAGAAGUUCCUUCAGAGCAACCGCGACGCGAACACGAGCGGUUCAUUCCUCAUGGUUGAGAACUGGGAGGCUACCGGUACGACCGGCGCAGCCGAGCUAUGUGCUCGAUACUGCAACAACCUUCUCUUCAAGAACCCCCACCUUAUGGAGAAGAUCUCCAAGACGCUGGCGGAGAAGAGCUCCUCCCUCAAGGAUCUCGCCGGCCGAUCUCCUCUGUCGAUCGCGGCCGCCUCGAUCUACAUGGCGUCCCACCUCAUGGGUGAUCCCAAGUCUUCAAGAGAUAUUGCUCAAGUGGCUGGCGUUAGUGACGGCACCAUAAGAACGGCGUAUCGUCACAUGUAUCCGUCACGAGAACAGCUUAUCGAGAAGGACUGGCUCGCGCCGAAAGGCACCGGAAGCAUGGACCGUCUACCCGCAAACUAGAAGUCGGGGGACGCCAUAGCUCGCGAGUAUGCUAAGCGGCAGGAAGAGGGAUUUUAGACGAAUACGACUCUAGAGACAGUAGCUGGAAAGCAUUGGGCGGACCAACCUGCCAUAAAAAAGAUCGACUUAUGGGAUUCGC